AAUUACUCAAACUACCACUUCCCCCUUCGGCUUUAGGGGAAGACGUCCUCCUCCAAAAAGAGGCACAUAGUGAGGGAAUAUGCCAGGUCCUGAUUCUUUGCUAUAAUUCCAAGAAUCAAGAUGGAUAGGCAACUUGACAGCAUUAAGCCUGUGGCCUGUACCGUCAAACCUCCGGUAAACCUGCAGAUCGGAGACAGCAAAACAGAAACAUCUCGAUCUGGUGUCUCUGUUGUGGACAUUACCCUUCCAUUUGGAAAGACCGUCAGUAUUGAGGACAUUAGCUUUAAGAACUAUUACACAGCAUUUAUGACAAUGCGUUUGCUGAGGAGGAACCCUAAGCAGGAGGUCCCUGCCAAGUGGUGCACAGCUCUUAGAGACCUCACUCUGAUGGACAACCCACACACUGAGAGAGGCUCCCAGGACUACUUCUCCAUACAUAGGUCACAGAUGCAGGUGGUGCCAGAUCAUAUCGUAUCAGUAAGACUGAUCCUGAGGCAGCCGUCCUCUGCCUGGCUGACCUUCAACCUCGAGGACAUCAAAAUACACCCUCAUGUAGAGCCAGAACCAGAAAAAGAGGUCUCCGAUUGGCUGUCUGACCUGACACUUGUUGACCAACAUCCUGAUCUAGAGGGUCUGCCAGACCCCCAGACUGUGUCAUCCAGUAUCCAGCAAAUGUGGGCUCUGACUGAGGUGAUGCAGACCAAUCAGACCACAGCCUCCAUCGGACGCUUUGAUGUGGAUGGCUGCUAUGACAUCAACCUACUCUCCCUGACGUAGCAUGAUGAUGUCAUUCAUCUGGCUGGGCCUCGGUGUAUGGUAGCCAAGUAGCCCACGUGGUGGAGCAACCAGUGAUCUACAACUAAAUAUAUCACGUGUUUAUAUGUACAAUAAGAUGGCAUUCAAGAGAAAAGUUGCCAGGAAUAAAGAAAGAGCUAUGACUAUGAGACAUAGUAAAGCAGGGCUACAUUGAAGAUUUCUUAACGGCAGUUAACAAACUUGCCUGUUAGCAAACUUACCUGUAUCCAGUGAGAGAGAUGUUCCUCCUUGACACCUGCCUUAUCACAGUGACACUAUGUCACUUUUUACCAAGACGCAAAGUCAAAGAUCGCUAUUCCUGACAUAUAAUAAUGGCUGUUGCAAUAAUGGAUGCCAAGCCAGGGCAUGAUGACAUGAAGAACUAAGGUGGGACAGAGUAGUAUCAUCAAACUUUGAGGUAAAACGACAACAAGUUUGAUCUUGACAUGACGGCAGCAUCCACACUCAAACAUCAAGUGAAUCACUUUUUGCUUCCUGGAAAUUAAAUGAAAGUAAGAUUUACAAGAAAUGUCUCUCAGAAGCCUGCUUACUGUCACAGAUGGCAUCAAAUACAGUUGUUUUCUGGUAACACUGUGCCACUGAGUAUUCUGUUCGGACAAUGGGAGCGAACUAAUCAAAGGCGUUAUUUCUGCAUAGACAGUUUUUCCGAGGACUGCUAGGGC